CACUCAUUCUCUUUUGUCAUUUGAGGUUCCGUAAUCCAUUGCCAAAAUAAAGUACAAUUAAUUUUUAAAAAACUAAAAUAUUAGUUAAUACAAAAUGGCUGAGCCAGAAGUAGUGGAUUUGGAUCUAACAAUCGAUGAUUUAGUUCCCAAAAGUCCAGAAAGACUGGCUGAGGAAAAAAAGGAGAGCGGAAACCAUCUCUAUAAAUUCAAAAAUUAUAAGGGGGCAUUGGCCAUGUAUGAAGAUGCAAUCAAACUCUGUCCUGAAAAUGCAGCCUAUUAUGGCAACAGAUCUGCCUGCUACAUGAUGCUGGGGAUGUAUAAAAAAGCUUUAGAGGAUGCUCAAAAAGCUGUAGCUCUGGACCCAACAUUCACUAAAGGAUAUAUUCGUAUGGCUAAAUGUCAUAUUGCUGUAGGUGAUAUAUCUGGUGCAGAACAGGCGGUUCGUAGUGCAAGCGAACUCGGUGGGCCAGAUUGUGCAUCGAACGAAUGUCGUGCAUUAGAAUCACUGCGACGGUUACACGAAGACGCACAGCGUGCCAUGGAGGCAGGAGACUACCGUCGUGUGGUCUUCUGCAUGGACCGCUGUUUAGAAUACAGUCCUUCAAGUAUAAAGGCAAAACUUAUCAAAGCCGAGUGCCUUGCAAUGAUUGGACGCUGUCAGGAAGCUCAGGAAAUAGCAAAUGAUUCACUAAGAUUUGAUAGUUUAGACACAGAGGCAAUAUAUGUACGUGGGUUGUGCCUUUAUUUUGAGGACAAAGACGAGCAAGCCUUCAAACACUUCCAGCAGGUUUUGAGACUUGCACCAGAUCACAAGAAAUCCCUUGAGACUUAUAAAAAGGCCAAGCUACUAAAACAAAAGAAAGAGGAAGGCAAUGAGGCGUUUAAAAUGGGUAGAUGGCAACAAGCUUUAAAUCUGUAUAACGAAGCACUGACUAUUGAUAAAAAUAACAGAAAAGUCAAUGCCAAACUAUAUUUUAAUAAAGCCACUGUGUGCUCAAAGUUGAAUCAAAUAGAAGAAGCAGCAGAGGCUUGCACAGCCGCAUUGGAGUUAGAUGAGAACUAUGUUAAAGCUUUGUUGCGUCGUGCCAAAUGUUACGCCGAACUGGGGAAUCACGAAGACGCUGUCAAGGACUACGAGAAGCUUUAUAAGAUCGACAAAAAUAAGGAACACAAACAGUUACUCCACGAGGCAAAAUUGGCUUUAAAGAAAUCCAAACGCAAAGACUACUAUAAGAUUUUGGGCAUUGAAAAAACAGCAUCAGAAGACGAUAUCAAGAAAGCUUAUAGAAAGCGCGCUCUAGUUCACCAUCCGGACAGACACGCGGGGGCUCCGGACAACGAGCGCAGGGAACAGGAGCGUCGGUUCAAGGAAGUGGGGGAGGCGUAUGAAGUGCUCAGUGACCCCAAGAAACGAGCCCGCUACGAUCACGGACAGGACCUUGAUGAUGGUUCCGGUGGUAUUAAUAUUGAUCCAAAUAUGAUGUUCCAAACCUAUUUUAACGGCGGUGGACAAGGUUUUGACUUUUCUUCAGGUGGAGGCUUCCCGGGAUCAGCUUUUAGCUUUCAAUUUGGAUAGUAUAUUGGUCUUUUUUUCAAGACAAAAAAAAGUCUAUACAAAUGUCUGAUUCUGUCAUUCCAUUUUUUAAAAGAAAAUAAAGUUGUUCAUUCUUUGUUUUUACAUCAAAAAUUAACACUAGCCACUUUUAAUACCAAAAUAAACCAAAAAAAAAAUAUUUUAAAUGUUUUGUUUUACCUUUGCCUUAGCAUAAAAGAACCAAGUAGUUAUCUUAGUACAAAGUAAUAUUUAAAUUAUAAUUGAUAUUAGGGGCUUACAAAAUGUCUUAACGCCUUGAUCAUAGAAAAUGUUUCUGAAAAUAAAUAAUGUUACUUUAAUACUCAAUAAAAGCAUUACAUCGACUGAUUUAAUACAUA